UGGAAAGCAUAUAUAUAAGUUGAACAUUUAUAUCUUUUUAAAGAAUCCAAUGUUUAUGUCAUCGAAACAUAAUCUGUCAGCUUCAUGAUCUCUCUCAUUCUUCUAUCUCCAUCACACAGAGAAACGUGCAUUUAGCCACUGUCUUUAAUUGAUUUUCUUAACGAGUUUUCUGGUUAAUAAAAACAAGAAGAAAAAGGAAGAGUGUGAGAGAGGAAGAUGAUGAGUUGUUCAAGCCCACAAGAUGAUCAAAAAUCUACUUCAAGAAAUAAUGGUCUAAUCGUCCUUUCUUCAUCAGCGAGACAAACACCAUCAAAUGGGCAUGCCCCUCAAAGCCCGGAGGACCAAAAGCCAUACAAGAAAGUAGUGAAGUACAAGGAAUGUCUGAAGAAUCAUGCAGCUGCCAUUGGUGGUAGUGCCACAGAUGGGUGUGGUGAGUUCAUGCCAAGUGGAGAAGAAGGCACCAUUGAAGCUCUGAAAUGCUCAGCCUGCAACUGUCAUAGAAAUUUCCAUAAAAAGAUAGAAUGUGAUUGUCCGUUUGAAUGCUAUCAUCACUCACCAGUUGUUCCAAUGGUCAACAGUGGUGGGAGAGCUCUCGUUCUGAGCCAUCAUCACAAUCACCCAGCUGCAAGUACCUUCAUUUCUUUAGGGGGAGAGCCGACUCAUCACCACCAGCUGAUAAUGCCAUACAAAAGUGGGUCAGCCAUUUCAGAAUCUGAUGAAAAAGACGAUGGAGGUGGGGUUGUGGGAAGGCCACUUGAGCAUCAAAAAAUGAGAAAGAGGUUUAGGACAAAGUUCUCACAAGAACAGAAGGAGAAGAUGUUGAAGUUCGCCGAGAGGGCUGAAUGGAGAAUACAAAAACUAGAGGAAUCGAUUGUUCAACAGUUCUGCCAAGAGAUUGGGAUCAAGAGAAGAGUCCUCAAGGUUUGGAUGCACAAUAACAAGCAUAGCCUGGCCAAGAAAAACUCCAUUAAUUAGUUAAAG